AAAAAAGAACGCCCAGAAAUUAAAAAUUGACAAAUUUAAUUUAGUUUUAACGUUGCGGAGAGAUUACACAUCGAUGGCAACAUCUCUGCUUCUCAGACACUCAUCAGCUGUCUUCUUCUCAAAAUCUUCCCUCUUCUUCACCAAGAACAACUCUUCUCGUUCCGUCACAUCCAUCAAGAUGGAAAGAGGUGAAGCAAGUGAAGUGAUCACCGAGAAAACGGGAGAAGGAAACGCGGCUAAGAAGAUGGUGUUCGUCGCCGGAGCCACUGGAAAAACCGGGAAGAGGAUCGUGGAGCAGUUGUUGUCCCAUGGCUUCGCCGUCAAAGCCGGUGUUCGUGAUGUAGAGAAAGCAAAAACAUCUUUCAAAGACGACCCGUCUCUUCAGAUUGUUAGAGCAGACGUGACAGAAGGUCCUGAGAAGCUAGCUGAAGCUAUAGGUGAUGAUUCUAAAGCUGUGAUUUGUGCUUCUGGGUUUCGUCCCGGGUUUGAUCUUUUCGCUCCUUGGAAAGUCGAUAAUUUCGGGACAGUGAAUCUGGUGGAUGCGUGCCGGAAACAAGGAGUGGAUAGGUUUGUUCUCAUAAGCUCAAUCUUGGUGAACGGAGCUGCAAUGGGGCAGAUACUGAACCCAGCUUACAUCUUCCUCAACGUCUUUGGACUAACUCUGGUCGCAAAGCUUCAAGCCGAGAAGUAUAUCAAAAGAUCCGGCAUCAACUAUACCAUAGUAAGGCCCGGUGGUCUUAAAAACGAUCCUCCAACAGGAAACGUAGUCAUGGAGCCAGAGGAUACUUUGUCUACAGGGAGCAUAUCAAGAGACCAGGUCGCAGAAGUUGCAGUGGAAGCUCUACUUAAUGAGGAAUCGUCUUUCAAGGUUGUGGAGAUCGUUGCUCGUCCCGAUGCUCCAAAACUUUCCUACAAAGAUCUCUUUGCUUCUGUUAAGGGAGGAAAUUAACUAGGAUACAAAUCAAUCACAAUGUAACGAGUCUCAUGCUCUAUUUGAAAACUUAUUUCUCUUAUGUCUUGAGUACAACAAACAAACAGAUGUGCAUAAGCUUUUGUUCAUAAACUGAGUUCAAGGUAAGCAUUGAGAGAGUUUCAUU